CGCGGAAUCGCGAGAAGCGAGGAUAACGCUUAGAAGAGGGUAUUUAUUUGUUUUUACGAGAGUUAGUGUGGUAGUAUUACUGGAACAUUGUGCGGUCAUUUGAAGUGGUGACGUCGGUUACGGCUGCCAUCUUGAACAGUCUAUGGGGUUGGGUUGUGGUUCUGUGCUCCUCAAUCCGCGAACAUCGGUUAAUCUGUGCCCGAUCCGUCGGUGUGAAUACGUGUAGAGUGAACUGUGUGAACCAUUUACCAUGGCGGAGACCGAUAAGCUUAAUAUAGAUACCAUUAUUGCCAGAUUAUUAGAAGUGCGCGGAUCUCGGCCUGGAAAGAAUGUCCAGUUGACAGAAAAUGAAAUUCGUGGUCUCUGCUUAAAGUCCAGAGAAAUUUUUCUCUCACAGCCAAUCCUAUUGGAAUUGGAAGCCCCUCUCAAAAUUUGUGGUGACAUUCACGGACAGUAUUACGAUUUGUUGCGACUAUUUGAGUAUGGAGGAUUUCCGCCAGAGUCAAACUACCUUUUCUUGGGAGACUACGUGGAUCGUGGUAAACAGUCACUAGAGACUAUAUGUCUGCUACUGGCCUACAAAAUAAAGUACCCAGAGAACUUCUUCCUUCUCAGAGGCAACCACGAGUGUGCCUCCAUCAACAGAAUCUAUGGCUUCUAUGACGAGUGCAAACGAAGAUACAAUAUCAAAUUAUGGAAGACCUUCACAGACUGCUUCAACUGUUUACCAGUGGCAGCCAUUGUUGAUGAAAAGAUCUUCUGCUGUCAUGGUGGGCUUAGUCCUGACUUGCAAAGUAUGGAACAGAUUCGUCGCAUAAUGAGGCCUACUGAUGUUCCCGACCAAGGUUUACUCUGUGAUCUCUUAUGGUCAGAUCCAGACAAGGAUACUAUGGGAUGGGGUGAAAAUGAUCGAGGGGUCUCCUUCACGUUCGGAGCAGAAGUUGUCGCCAAAUUCCUUCACAAACAUGACUUUGACCUAAUUUGUCGUGCUCAUCAGGUUGUCGAAGAUGGCUAUGAGUUCUUCGCGAAACGACAGUUAGUUACACUUUUCUCGGCCCCAAACUAUUGUGGAGAGUUUGAUAAUGCUGGAGCAAUGAUGUCGGUAGAUGAGACACUCAUGUGUUCUUUCCAGAUACUUAAGCCUGCUGACAAAAAGAAGUUUCCCUAUGGAGGAUUGAAUACAGGAAGACCCGUUACGCCACCAAGAGGAGCUGCCAAUCAGAAAAACAAAAAGAAAUAGGAGGCCUAGUGUUCCUAUCAGACUUUAGGGCUGGCAAUUUUGUAUGUGGUCAGCCCUCGCUCAUCCUGUCAGUUAUAUUCUUUAAGAAGAAUAUUAUUUCCAUUUAAGAUAUAGACAGAUUUUUAAUAACAUUCAUUUACUGUAAGAACGGGAUAGGAUGUCCCUGGAUUAGUGAGGGGUGCAAUCCUUUGCCUCCAAGGGCAAAAUUAAGAAAAUAGCAAUUUAGAGUUCAGUUGCUAUAAUGCAGUGUCAUUGUAUUUAAAUUGGUACAAUAGCCCUAGUGGCUUGGAGAACUAUUUUUUAUUUAUUUUUCCUAGAGGGUCAUAGUGAAACUUUGAAAAUCUAGGUAGGUUUUAUCUAUACUGAUUGUGUAAGCCUGAUAUGUUUGUCAGAAUUAAGAGCCUAAAUUUCUUAUCCUGUGGAUGUGAUUAUAAAUCAUUGAUAAAUUUUGUUCAUAAUGUGGAGAAAGAAGAGUGCUUGACUUGCAUUAAUAUAUAUUUCAAGUGUGUAAAUAGCUAUGGUAUUUAAUCGCGUAUAAACAUACCAUUGUUCUUGUAUAAAAUGUAGGGCCCAAAGAAAACUAGAGUGAACGCAGCCUCGGAAUAGUUAGCGGCUGCUCCAUAGAUUCAUGUACAAAUGUCCAGUUGCCGUAGUAGCAGGAGCAUGAGCAUCCGCGAUGACUAUUACUGUCAUGUGAAUCAUCCAGAAAACCGAAGACCAUUGCCAGUGGUAUGUCAAGAGCCCAACCCCAUGGAUUAUCAUACUCUGGCAGGUGCAAGUGUCGUGGGAUUUUCAGUUUAGAAUGCACGGGCAUUUCAUGAAUGCUUGCUUCACAUCACAUAAAAAUGUUCAUUACACACAUUUUGACUUUAAUAUCAUGGCAGAACUUUUCAGGCUAUUACCAUUGGGAAUAUCUUGAUGUAAAAGUCUUUAAGCAUCAUAAAUGUCCUUGAAUUCUUGAUGACAGUGCAAAUGACAAGGAUGCCAGUCGACCUACCACUGCAUGCAGUCUGCCGGAUCCUUGUUCCCAGAUGCUCUGGAAUACGAGCAUUGUGGUGGAAAUUCAAUCUUUUCAGCAUACAUUCUCCUCUGGAAUAUAUUUUUUAUUAUGUAUGAUUUGCUGGAACUAUCAUUUGUGAUCAGUGGCAGUUCUCAGCUUUGUUUUGUGUAAAGUUUUAUUUAUGGCAAAACCUUAGGAUGCCAAGACCCAAAGCUGAGAAUUGGCAAGUGUUCUACUGGAACUACGUCAGCUGUUAAUUUACUUGACAUUUUUCUAGAUAUAUCAUUGUUAAUUUUUUGUAAUUAUUUCUUCUAUGAACUAUCCUAUACUUGUAAAGUUAUACAUUUACUGAUGCUUCACUAUCAGCAUUCAUCUCGGUCCUUCAAAGUGGGCUGGAAAUGGCUCGUUUAUCUCUGCACUUAACUAUUUUACAGAGGUCAUAAAUUCCACUAUUAUAAUUUGCAAUAAAGGUUAUCAUAGAUUGGUUAACUCUUGCUUUACAUCUUGGCCAUUUAGCUCUUAAACCACAUCAGUUGUGAACUGUGACAAAGAUAAGAGAACUUGGCCACAAUUUGUAACUUACAAUGAAAAUCACUAGAUCAUAUAACCAAAUAAUGGUUCACAAAACAUAGGAAAAUAAAAAGUGAAAAACAA